CCACACCCACAGCAGGGACACAAAAUCAGCUCUUCCAGCAACAAAAAAAGAGGAACCAGUCGUAUGUCUUACAAAUACUCAGAAAUCCUUUGCGAUUUAGAAACACCGCUAGAACAAUGCAGAUUUAAACUGAGUGAGGUGUGAAGUGGGGCAAGUGAUUGUGUCUGGAACGAAGGCACUUGCCCAGAGUCUCUGGCACCCUGACACACGGCAGGCAUUGCAGGCUGGAAGAAAGGAUCUCAUCCUAAAUUACAUUUCUUAUUGUAGUACUUUUCCUGCUGCCAUGACAACCAUGCAACAUUCACAGACCACACCAGAAGCUGGCCCUAAUAUGGUCCAGCUGGGGCAGCCUGUUGCUGUACAGCCAUAUAUGUGGAAAGAGAUGAUAGAGAAAUUCUUGAAAGGUGAACCUAAAGUCCUUGGGGUUGUGCAGGUGCUGAUUUCCCUAAUGAUCCUCAGCUUGGGAAUAAUAAUAAUGAGUGUAACGGUGCCCAAUUAUUAUGUAUACUCAAGUACCUUUUUAGUGUAUACGGGGUACACAGUUUGGGGACCAGUGAUGUUUAUUUUUUCAGGGUCCUUGUCAAUUGCAGCAGGAAUGAAAACUACAAAAGGUCUGGUCCGAAGUAGCCUAGGGUUGAACAUCACCAGCUCUGUCUUUGCUGCAGUAGGGCUCAUACUCACGUCCAUCAGCUUGAGUAUUAAUUCAAUAGGUCACUAUCACUGUAGCUAUCAUGAUAAGUUGGAUUCUUGUUUCAUCAUGGGCCGUCUUUUUUUGGGUAUGGAGGCUAUGGUGCUCAUUUUAACUUUGCUGGAGUUCUGCAUAGCUGUGUCCCUCUCUACCUUUGGAUCCAAAGUAUUGUGUUAUAAUUCUGGUCAGGUUUUGUAUAUUCUGCCAUCAAAUGUUCGCAUGGCAGAAGCAGCACCUUCUGCAACAUUUCCAACGGAGUUGAUGCCACCAACGUAUCAAGAGAAAAAUAAUCCAGAAAAUCUAUUCUGAGGGUAAUGCAAGAACCCCACUUGAGAAAGCACCAGAAUCAUCCAAUUAUGAUAUAUAUAUAUAUAUUUCAGAAUCAUGUUCUCAUCUUCCCCAACAACUCAACAACUCAUUCCACUGGCCCUUUAUCAACUGUAGCAGAAGUUGAAUAAAUAAAUUUAAUGAGUCAAUAA